GUGUUGUGACCGACCCGUCAUCAACGAUGUUCCAAGAACGACAUUUGGAGAUCGAGGAAACCGAUGAAGAUGAUGCACCCGAGUCUCCUAAGGGAAGAGGCCACCGGAAGAAAAGAAAGGCCGCCAUCCUACUUACUCCGUGGAGGAAUCCCGGAAAAAGACAAAAAAUUUCAAAUGUGACGGAGUACGACCCUCAUAGGACACUGGAUGAAGCUAAACUUGAGGAUUUAAGGCAGUGGUUGGCGAACUCCCCAGAAAGUGAUGAAAUUGACGUAGCUUGGGGUAAGGGUAGCGCAGGGAAAAAUUUUUUUAAUGACCUUCUGGACGAUAAAUGGCUUUGUAGUGAGCAUGUAGAUGCAACUCUUUUUCACAUGAGAUGUCGGGCUAUAGAGUACCCUCUCUUGUUUAGACAAGAUUGUGUCAUGUUGGACCCGCAUUUUGUGUCUUAUAUAAGAAUACGCGUCAAAGUUGAAAGCUUUGAUAGGACAAAUUUUCCAAAGGCAUUAGUUAAGUACGCCGAAGGGAAACUACCCACUCAUGCAAGGCCGUGGACUAGUUGUACCAAAUUGUAUGUUCCCUUUUGUAAUGUGAAUAAUGAACAUUGGGUAGCACUCGACAUUGAUCUCUCCAAAAGAUGCAUUGAUGCAUAUGAUAGUUCAACGAGUGUCAUGCGGAAGCGACAAUUUGAAACGGAAUUGGAGCCCAUUCGAGUUGUCAUACCUAUGCUAAUGAGGAUGUUGAAUGCUACCUACAGUGCAGAAAAAUUUGAUUUGAAACGAUUACCAUGUCCUAGCCAAGCAAAUGGGUAUUUUGACUGUGGGAUGUUUACAAUCAAGUUCAUCGAGUUUUUGCAUGCUGGGAAGGAUGUUAAAGGCGUAGAGCAAAAAAUGAUUCCCUCUUGGCAGGACGAUGUUUGUCGGAAUGGCUUUUGGCAAUUAGGGCUUACGAGAAGACAACCUUGCCGCAAUAAAAGUUGCCGGAAAGAGGGAGUGUCCUCGCCGGUCGGAAACAAGUGGUGUUGUCGCCGGAGAUUGGAGAUGAAAGGAACGAUUUUCUCGAGCGGAGCGUUGGUUUUGAAAAAUGAGGAAUGCGGGGAAAGAACGGGCGGGGGCGUUUAUUUA